AGGUGUUCCAGCAGAUGGUAAAGCAGGAGUGUCACUUCAUCAACGGCACCGAGCGGGUGAGGCUCGUGGUGAGGGGCAUCUACAACCGGGAGCAGUACGCCCACUUCGACAGCGAUGUGGGGGUGUUUGUGGGGGACACCUCAUAUGGGGAGGAGGUUGCCAGGUACUUCAACAGCCGCCCAGAAUUUAUGGAGCACGUACGGGCUCAGGUGGAUGUCUGCCGGCACAACUACGAGUUGUCCACCCCGUUCCUGGUGAACCGCAGAG